ACAUCACCAAUAGACGUUGUUUUUAUGUUGAAUUGUUGAAAAAACUAAAAUAUAGAAUAGUAGGAAUUUUUGUUUAUGGGACAUGCCAGCUGCAGAAAGAUUUCACAAUAAGCCUAUGAUAUGGUUAAUUCGCCACGAGAAUAUACUCUUUACGCUAUGGGAGGAGGAAAGUAAAAAAGUCAACUACAGCGGCAACUAUCAAAAUAUAUAUCAAGCGAUUGCCGAAAAACUGUGUAAAGCCGGUUUACAAAUACAAUGGAAAGAUGUACGAACUAGAAUUGAGAGUGUCACCAAGAAAUACAACGAAGAGCUAAGGGAUAUUGAAGCUCUUGGACGGCCGUCUUCAUGGCGGCAUUUUGAGCGUGUUCACAAGAUUCUCGGCGUUAGCCCACAAAGCAUUGAGAGCAUCGAGAGCAAUGGCGUUGCCACUCUGUUGGAUGAUGAACAAUAUGGCCUUGAUGAUUUACCCAAUUCCGAGACGUCGUCUGUUGCUGAACCCAACGACAAUAAUUGCCCUGACUCAGUCUCCGCCUCCCCAUCGCCAGAAAAGAAGAGACGCAAAUUGGGAAAUACAAGUAAAAUGACGCCUUUCGAGCUAGCGAUGCUGGAGAUUGAACGGGAUCGAACUGUUCGCUUGGAGAGCAUUGCCAUGAAUCGGCUUGAAGUAAUGAAACGAAUGGCAGCAGAAAAUGCCGAGUUUCACAAAAAACUACUUGCACUCGUGAAAAGCAGAAAGUGAAGCCCUGACUUUGUACAAAUUUAGUUCUAAUAUAUGCUACUAAAAUAUCUGACAAAUUCCAUAAUUUGUAUUAAUUAUGCUUCACUCGGCAAAUCGCUGAGAUAAGAGUCGCAAAUAGUGUUCUUAUUUAAGUUGCACAAUUUGGAAAAUAUGCAACAGCAGUUGAUAAUUUAUUUGCAUGAUCAUAACAAUUAAUUUUUAGUGCGAAUCGCUCAAAAGCAUUAAUUAUUCAUUGAUGUCCUUCACGUCAUCUUGUAGAUGAAUUCGGGAGACAAUUGAGACGCAUCCAGCAGUGCUCUCUCUUCAUAGUUCUCUGAUUUGGGCUGACAAUUUGGACUCCACAAGUAGAUAUUCAUCAACUAUCGUCUAUUUCUUAAUAUCAUUGCCUAGGCUUAGUAAGACCUGCCUUAAAAAUGUUAAAUAAAGUUUAAUUUAUUCGCCAAGGCGUUGAGACUUCUUAGAAAACGCUCUUUUUAAAAAAUACAUUAUCAAAAUUUGACAGGUCAAAAUAGUCUGACCUGUUUUCUAGUUGGAAAUAUAAUCUGUUUGAUGAAUAUGUAUAUUUAGAAUUGAGUAUGGGCAGAAUAGUACAAUGAACUUUAUAAUCCUCUCUAUUCUUAGAUAAGCAGACUCUUAAAUUGAGCCAUGUCUUUAAUAAAUUGUCGCUGUCUUUAGAAAAACACUUCAGUGAGUUUUUGAUCCAGGUUGAGUAGAGAACAAUAAUUCCAAAUGAGCAGAAUAAUAUUAUAUACAGCCUUGAUUCUGGUUGCUCAAGGAAUAUCUUUUGCAGAAUCAGCAAUUAAUGAAAAGGCUACUCAAGAAAACGAACUUGACGAACAAUGCAGCGCGUACACUUAUAAGUCAGUGAAGCCAUUUAUGGAUUAUAUACAGCAUGUUAAAGACGGACUUGAACAGUGUGAACUAAAGGAUAAGGAAGUAAAAGAGUUAAAAGAGAAAAUCGUGCAUAAGGAAUCCAAUGAAGUGAUUAUUAAAGAAUUGAGGUCUCAAA